GUACUUUAUUCAGAAAACCUGCAGGGCUCUAGCAGAACACGUGGAAGUAAGGGCAAAGCCAUUGGAAACUAUAUACUAUCAGCUAUAUAUAAAGUCACAAAACAAACCAGCUACACUUCUCUCUGAUGGACAAAAGACAGAGUAGAAAAUUUAUAUUGUAAUAGUCACUUUUCAUCAGUCUUUGGUACCUGAAGGUAAUCAGAGGACACGAGAGCAGCGACGACACUGGAAAGGAACCGUAAAAACCACAGAGGUAGGAAGAGCUGGAGAUUGGACGCCCGAUGAGAAGCUCCUGCAGCACAAGGGGCCCCAGCACGGCCCUUGCAGCAGCUGGAGGCGAGCAGCCCCCAGCGAGGGCCCGUGGCAGCCUGCGGGGAAGGCAGCGCACCAAAGAAACCCCGAGCUCCUCAGAGGAGCAGAGCUGAGGCACAGCAAAGAGCAGUAAGGCAGGGGCAGACUACACAGGGUCGGGAAGAAAAGCCUGGGCAUCUCGUACCAGGGUCAGUUGUUAUUUUAGUACUACAGAAACUGUUUAUUCUCACUUACUGAAAGGUCUCAGCCACCAGCGAGUGUCCGAGGCUCCAGGACAGGCGGAUCCCAUCUCCCUCUGCCGGCGGCUCCGUGCGAGAGACGCCCUGCAGCAAACGCUGCUGGCACCUCAGGCGUGGGGCGGGCCGCUGCCCCCGGCUCCUCAGGAAUUUUAGGGGAUUUUCUAAACAACAAUUAAAAUGUCUUAGUAAACGCUUUCUAAUUAGGCAGACGUAGUCUUUGUCUCUUUGCACAGUUCAGUGAACAUUCGGUGGUUUUUAUUUUAAUCCCUUUAUUUCAAGUUGUGGUUCAGGACUUCGCUGAAAAGUGUGAAAUAUCAAAUGUAUUUCCCCAUCAGCUGCCAGCAGCGGCUCACGAAGGAAUACUUUCCAAAAUACUUUCGUUUGAUUACGGGGUUUUGCCUUUUCUAGUUUGACAGCAAGGGAACCAAGAUACACAAAGGCAAUGUUGUAUCUGCCUGUUUAAGAACCCGCCCACGACUCCUGAAAUUUACAUUAACAACAAAGUUGACUUCAGCUAUUUCAGGCGGCGCCUGGAAAGACGUGCUCCGCUCCCCGCUGAGCAAAGGCGGCCUCGCUGAGGAGCCGGCCCCGCAGCGGAGCUCCCGCGUCCGGCGCUGAAGGGCAUGGCAGGUCAGAGCUGCCUUCCCCUGCCCGGCCCUGGCCCCUGCAGCCAACAGCGCCCGCCAACCCUUCAGUUCAAUACUGGCAACUUCAAAAUCACAGUUCCGACGGUUUCACUUUUGAAAAAAAAAAGGACAGCUUUGCUGCUUUUAAAUGUUUGGUAUCUCUCUCCCCGCUGUUCUUCUGAUGUAGAGUGGUAUCACUUUGUUCGCACAAGCACAUUUCUGACGCCAAAGUAGUCCCUGGCCUCAGCACCAGAACACACACCAGGACCCCACGGCGAAGGGCUGCAGCUGGGAGCGACACAGCGGCUGCCCCAGAGAAGAUGUACGAGAGGCAAGAGGCAAAGCAGCAACGCGUGGGUUUUGGCUGCCGCCCCGGUGGCGGCACCUGGGCGCCUGCCAGGAGGGCAAAAAGACCAACUCGGAGAGCGCAGGAAAGAAAGCCUGGGUACGUCCCUGCCGGGCCCGGGGGCUGCUAAGGGCAGAGCCGGCGGCUGCCUGGGCGGGCACGGGGCUCCCCAGACCGAGGCACGGCACACACUUUCCAGCGGCUCCGGCCAGCGGCAGCCCCGUGGGCGGCUCGCCCAGUCCCCCGGCAGCCCCGGGGGCGGCCCGGGCGGGGUCCCCCGCGCCGCCACGAACACGCCUGUGGGCGUUGAGCCGCCCCGUCCCGCCUCCGCAGAGGCCGCAGCCGCAGUCCCCCCGCCCGCUGCCCGGGCCUGCCGGCAGGCUCUACCCCCGCUCGCUCCCAGCCCGGCCCGGCGGCGCGGCCCUCCCGCCGCCGCUUCCACUCCUGCGCACUGGGCGCGCCCCCCGGGCCGGCCGCGGCCAGGGCCGGGCGGGGGAGCCGCCAGUUGCGGUCCCGCGGGGAGCGGCUGUGGCGGGGCCGCCGCCCGCGCUCGCGGGGCAGGAUGGAGGCGGAGGGCCGGCUACUGGGGCCGCCGCUCCCAGCCGGCGGGGAAGGGCCCGGGAUCGAGUCGCAUCUCUCUGAGGGUGCCCUCGGCACGGCCCGGGGGCCGCUUCUCGCCGCCGCCGAGGUGCUGGCGCUGGACGAUGAGGAAGACGAUCUGGAGGUGUUCAGCAAGGAUACGUCUCUGGCUGAGGUAAACUCAUUCAGUCCUUCAGUGCCAAUAUCCCCCUCAUCAAUGAUAAACCAGUAUAAAUUUGAAGAUGGGCCAGAAUUAAGAGAUCUCUUCAUUACAGUCGAUGAUCCGGAAAGCCACAUUACAGCCAUCGAAACAUUUAUUACAUACAGAGUAGUCACAAAGACAACCCGUGGUGAAUUUGACUCCAGUGAAUAUGAAGUUCGAAGACGAUAUCAGGAUUUCCUUUGGUUGAAGAGCAGACUUGAAGAAGCACAUCCAACACUGAUUAUUCCUCCAUUGCCGGAAAAAUUCAUAAUGAAGGGAAUGGUGGAACGAUUUAGUGAUGAAUUCAUUGAGACUCGAAGAAAAGCUUUACAUAAAUUUUUGAACCGGAUUGCUGAUCAUCCAACUUUAACUUUUAAUGAGGACUUCAAAAUUUUUCUUACUGCACAAGCCUGGGAGCUCUCCUCACACAAGAAGCAGGGUCCUGGUUUGCUGAGCAGGAUGGGACAGACCGUCAGAGCUGUAGCAUCCUCAGUAAGAGGAGCAGUUAAAAAUCGCCCUGAAAUGUUUACAGAAAUGCACAAUUACAUGGAAACAUUUAGUCAGAAAAUAAACUUACUAGAUAAAAUAGCUCAUAGGAUUUACAAGGAAGAAAGGGACUAUUUUAAUGAAAUGAAGGAGUAUGGCCCCAUCCACACACUGUGGUCAGCAUCAGAAGAAGACAUAGCAGACUCCCUGAAGGGCAUUGCCAGCUGCAUCGACCGCUGCUGCAGGGCUACAGAGAAGCGAAUGGCAGGGCUCUCAGAGCACCUCCUGCCCAUUUUACAUGAAUACGUUCUCUACAGUGAAAUUCUCAUGGGUGUUUUGAAAAGGAGAGACCAAAUUCAAGGUGAGCUGGAUUCCAAAGUUGAUGCUUUAGCCAAUAAAAAGACAGAAAAGGAUCAGUUCUCAGAAGAGAUUGGGAGACUUGAAGACAAAGUUGAGCAUGCCAAUAAUGCUCUGAAAGCAGAUUGGGACAGGUGGAAGCAGAACAUGCAGUGGGAUAUGAGAUCGACAUUCACUAAUGUGGCUGAGAAUAAUCUCCGUUAUUAUGAAGAGUCACAAACAAGACUCCAUUUUCAGAUUCUACUCCAAAAAAUGCCAUCAUAAGUGCUAUUUUUAAGG